AUGUCGUCGUCUCCAUCUAUUGCUCAAGAAUUUCUCGCAACCAUUACUCCAUAUGUUGAGUAUUGUCAAGAGAAUUAUACCAAAUGGUACUACUUCAUUCCAUUGGUGAUUCUUUCGUUGAAUCUUAUCUCCAUGCUUCAUACAAAGUAUUUGGAACGUAAAUUUAAGGCUAAACCGCUUGCUGUCUAUGUUCAAGAUUAUACCUUUGGUCUUAUUACUCCACUUGUUUUGAUCUACUACAAGUCUAAAGGUACCGUGAUGCAAUUUGCCUGUGAUUUAUGGGACAAGAAACUCAUUGUCAGUGAUCCAAAGGCAAAGACUAUUGGUCUUAAGAUUUUAGGUAUUCCAUUGAUUGAAACUAAAGACCCAGAGAAUGUCAAGGCUAUUUUAGCCACCCAGUUUAAUGAUUUUUCUUUGGGAACUAGACAUGAUUUCUUGUAUUCAUUGUUAGGAGAUGGUAUUUUCACUUUAGAUGGUGCUGGCUGGAAACACAGCAGAACCAUGUUGAGACCACAAUUCGCUAGAGAGCAAGUUUCGCAUGUAAAGUUGUUGGAACCCCAUAUGCAAGUUUUAUUUAAACACAUUAGAAAACAUCAUGGCCAAACUUUUGAUAUCCAAGAAUUGUUUUUCAGAUUAACUGUUGAUUCGGCUACUGAGUUUUUGUUUGGUGAAUCUGCUGAAUCUUUAAGAGACGAGUCUGUCGGUUUAACUCCAACAACCAAAGAUUUUGAUGGUAGAAAUGAGUUUGCCGAUGCGUUCAACUAUUCUCAAACUUACCAAGCGUACAGAUUCUUGUUGCAACAAAUGUAUUGGAUUUUGAAUGGUUCUGAAUUUAGAAAAUCUAUUGCUAUUGUCCACAAGUUUGCUGACCACUAUGUUCAAAAGGCAUUGGAAUUAACUGAUGAAGAUUUGGAAAAGAAAGAAGGCUAUGUAUUUUUAUUCGAGUUAGCCAAACAAACCAGAGAUCCAAAGGUUUUGAGAGAUCAAUUGUUAAAUAUCUUGGUUGCUGGUAGAGAUACCACAGCUGGCUUGUUGUCGUUUCUUUUCUUUGAAUUGUCUAGAAACCCAGAAAUAUUUGCAAAAUUGAGAGAAGAAAUCGAAAACAAGUUUGGUCUUGGACAAGAUGCUCGUGUUGAAGAGAUUUCUUUUGAAACAUUGAAAUCUUGUGAAUACUUGAAGGCUGUUAUCAAUGAAACUUUGAGAAUUUAUCCUUCCGUCCCACAUAAUUUUAGAGUUGCUACUAGAAACACAACUUUACCAAGAGGUGGUGGUGAAGGUGGUUUAUCCCCAAUUGCUAUUAAGAAGGGCCAAGUUGUUAUGUACACGAUUCUUGCUACUCACAGAGAUAAAGACAUUUAUGGUGAAGAUGCUUAUGUUUUCAGGCCAGAAAGAUGGUUUGAACCUGAAACCAGAAAAUUGGGCUGGGCAUAUGUUCCAUUCAAUGGCGGUCCAAGAAUUUGUUUGGGUCAACAGUUUGCUUUAACUGAAGCAUCAUAUGUCACUGUUAGAUUGCUUCAAGAAUUUGGUAACUUGAAACAAGAUCCAAAUACUGAAUAUCCACCAAAAUUACAAAACACAUUGACUUUGUCUCUUUUUGAAGGUGCUGAAGUACAAAUGUAUUAA